CCAACUGCGCCACCCAGGCGCCCCUGGCCGAAGGAUUUAGAAGAAAACCUCGAGAAGUACACCCCCAAUGGGAGCCCGGCCAAGGCUGAGCGGCGCUUUGUGCAGGGACAUGUUACCGCUGACUCUUACCGCUUCUCCAUCUCCAGGAAAAGCACCAAAGUCAAUUUCGCCUGUAUUCUGGCAGUCUCCAACACGGCCUCACUGCUGGAACAAGAAAUUCUAGAGGAAAUUGGUAAACUGGACGACAUGGUACAGGAUCUGUAUGUGACAGAGGAAAACGGAACCCAGAUCCGCUACAGUCAGGUGUGCACUAAGAACCAGGGCCUCUGCGUGCCCUCCAACCCACUCCUGGCUGCCUGGCAGAUGAACAAGAACCUCGACCUGAGACACAUCACCUUCCCAAUCUUCAACCAAACAGGUCAGCCCAUCUACCUGGCCGGCACCAUUGGAGGAACCCUUUCAGGCAAGAGGUCGGUAAGGAACCAGUUACUCGUGAAGGCCAAAGCCACGUGGCUUCUGUACUACCUGAAGACUGAGGAUGGAGAGAUCAACGAGCUUAGCAAGAUGUGGUUGAUCCAUUUCCUGAACCAAUUUAGCAACAUCGAAACGAGUCUGGCCCUGAAGAAGAUCCAGGUACCUGGUGGCUGGGCUUGAUAGGGAGGCCAGGAGAAGGUGGGAGGAAUAAGGACACUCCUUCCAAGGAUCAUAGCAGUAGCACUCCCUGAUUGAGGGAGUCCUUGGCUUGAAGCUGGGAGUGCUCUACUCUAUUUGGUACUUAAUGCAGGGUCCAGAGUCCUUAAUCUAACACAUCAAAGGAUGCCACAAAUCUUAAAUCCUUAGUAAUGUUCUGGUGGAAAACACAAAUCCUACAUCCUCAACGUAGGUCUGUUCCAUACAGACAUUGACCAUCAGGUUUCCUAGUCAAAUGACUUUGAAAUUCCUACUUUUAGUUAAAGUCUCUGCUGUUUGGGGGAGCCCCCAAAACUUGUUUGGACUUCAGUGAAAUAAAAAAUAAAAUUAAAAAAAAAAAAAAACCACCCUUAAGCAGAAGUUCCAUGCUGUUUUUGUAAAGAAAACUAGCUUAGCAUUUUCCGAGUGAUCGCAUAGUGCCAGGCACAUGCUAACUAUUCGGUAACGUUGGGCCAGCAAGCCUACUAGUACUUGUGAAUAAACCUGGUCAAAGUGAGACAACUACUGGAAAAAGCCGUUGAAUGCUAGAUCUUUCCGAAAUAUCAACGCAAUUAAAAUAGUAAAAGACAACAACCUAAUAAA